AUGAAAGCCGCCUGGGUGCUAAUUGAAUAUGCUCUUGUGCUCUCAACUGGCCUCUCGGGUGUUUGGAGCCAACGGGUUCUGGAGAACCCCGAGAAAAACGUCGGUGCCUCUGUGCAAACUAGCAGUGGCUUGAUUGCGGGCCAUCCCGCACCUCGCAGAUCUGAAGUCUCUGAGUAUUUGGGUAUCCCGUAUGCUUUACCACCAAUCGGAGACCUUCGUUUCGCGGCCCCUAAGGCUUAUCAUUCCGAGGGAAGCAUUGAAGCAAAUGCGUAUGCCCCGAAGAUCUACAAAUCAUUCACUCAGCAGCUGGCCACUUCUCAGAGCGAGGACUGCUUGUAUCUGAAUGUGUGGACCCGGCCUGCAGUGUCUGAAUUAAAGCCAGUCCUUCUUUGGAUUCACGGCGGUCGUGGCGGCGCAAACAACCCAUAUUAUGAUGGUCAGGCAUUGGCGGCUGAUCAUGAUGUGGUUGUGAUCACCAUCAAUUAUCGUCUGAACAUUUUCGGGUUCUCGGGCGCCCCCAAUCUUCCCCAAAACGUUGGACUUUUAGACCAACGUAUGGCAGUUGAAUGGGCCUAUCAAAACGUUGCCGGAUUUGGUGGUGACCCUGAUCGCAUCACUCUUUUCGGCCAGUCUGCUGGUGGAUCUUCUGUUGAUUACUAUUCGCAUGCCUAUACCGACAACACCCUCGUUGCGGGUCUGAUUUCACAUUCCGGAACAUCGCUCAGCUUUGUGCCCAACACUGCCGAGGAGUCGGCUAGUUAUUUCUUCGGGGCUUCUGACAUCCUUGGUUGUGGUGACACAAAUGACGAUCACGAGCAGGUCGUUCAAUGCGUUCGCCAAAAGCCAUAUCGGGAAGUCGUUAAAGCGAGCGCCAAGGUUCCAGCAGCAGCCUCUCCAGCUCUCCCACAAUCGGUCUUCCAUCCAACAGUUGAUGGAAUCACUGUGUUUGGUGACUAUGCAGAGAGAUCUGCAGCAGGCAAAUUUGCACCCGUACCAUACCUCAUAACAAGCAAUAACUAUGAAGCUGGCUAUUACCGUCUAAGCGCAUGCAAUGCAAACAUUUCACUUAGCGAUGAAGCAUGGCACAACUUCAAUGACGCAGCAUUCACCUGUCCGAGUGGUGCAUCAGCAAGAUACCGAUUCGCGAACAAUGUCCCUGUCUGGCAAUCGCACUAUUUCGGCGACUGGGAUAACCUGCGGCUGUACCCUGCCAGCGGAGCCUACCACGGAGCUGAUCUACCAAUGGUAUUUGGAACUGCCGAACAAGUCAGUGGAUUACCGAACAGUGACAGAGAGGACGAGUUCUCUGAGUACAUAAGAUCUGCUUGGGCUGCUUUCGCAACUGAUCCCACGGAUGGGUUAACUCAAUUUGGAUGGCCCAAAUAUGACCCACAGGAGAAAACUCUUGUUGCGUUGGCGUAUGCAAAUGAUCAAAAUAGCCAAAUCAUUCAUCCGAUGGAAGUUGAGCAGCGCUGCGCUGUUCUGAAAGGGAACAGCAGUCUUGGCAAAGGGGCCUUCUGA